AUGACACAAGAAACCGAAAAAUUAAAACCUGAAGGCACCAAAGUUAAUCAUGGUUCGUUCAAAGGGGUUAAAAAACAAUCUUAUAUUAGUAUUAGUGAACUUGCACAUCAAUCGAAAAACAAUCGAAAUCAAAAUAAUAUAACAAAAAUUGGCAAAUAUAUUGCUAUUGAUUGUGAAGCGGUAGGCAUCGGACCUACUGGGAAAAAGUCGGCACUUGCCAGGGUUUCAAUCGUUAAUUUUCACGGAAAAGUAAUAUUGGACAAAUAUGUAAUGCCUCGUGAUUGUAUAACAGACUAUCGAACAGAAAUCAGUGGAAUAACUAGGGAAUUGCUCGUAGAUGAUGUACAAAAAGAAGUUUCAGAUAUAAUCAAAGGUAGAAUUAUUGUUGGGCAUUCCCUCAAUAACGAUCUAAAGUUAUUAUCACUGCAUCAUCCUCAUAAUAUGAGACGCGACUCUUCACUCCAUAGACCUUUUCUUGAACGUUACAAUGGUAAUACACCUUCUUUAAAAACUUUGGCAAAAGCAGAAUUAAACAUAAUUAUUCAAGAAGGGGAACAUAGUUCAGUUCAAGAUGCUCAGACUAGUAUGCGUUUAUUUCGUAAAUGUAACAAUUUUUAA